CCUAGGCGGGAUAAACGUAUUAUUUACAUAACAACGGCCAUUGUUUAUUAAAUAACCACUUUACAUUGAAUCCCAUCAUAAACAAUUGUGUAGUGAAAUCUUAUAGCUGGUUCAUCUUUUAAACAAAACUAAAAUGAUUACAGCGUUACCAGUGCCUUCAGUGAAGGUCUUCCACAAAACAUAUUACCAUGAAAAAGCUCGAACCGGAGCAAGUCAACCCGGAAGUCCUCUCACAGAUAGCGAAGCAGUCGUAGCCUUAACGGAAAAAGAACAACCAGAAUAUUUUUUCUGUGGAAAGAUAAACGCUCUACACGUCGUAGUAGGUUCCAUUCUCUUCGGAGUUGUUGUUCUCAUUGUCGGACUAGUACAGCUAGCACCAGGUGCAGAAGCUGCGCAAUAUUCAACACCACUUAUUGGAGUUGGCUGUACCCUCCUGUCCCUCGGUGCUCUUCUGGCACAGUUGAGAGCUCUCUGGUUGAGAAGACAGAAAGCUGCCCAGAAAGAUGGUACUCAUCAGCGAAGUGUUACCAGUAUAGACAUGCUCUUAGCACAACAUAGGGACUUUACGGUUCUCACGCCAGAUGAAUUGGAAGACCUUGUAGGUAAACCAACACCAGUUUUAGAGAACAAGGUUCGUAAAAACGGUAAUAAUACCUAGGCUCAGCCGGCCUCGAAGAGGAUGUCCUUAUCAUCAUGUCCAACAACAUCCUCAUCAUUUUCUUCAGCAACUUCACAUGCAACAAA